CUAGGGUCGUAUCAAUGGAUAUAUAUUUGGAUUCGGUGACAAACAUAUCCAGUGAUCUUUGCUAUGAGAGAAAAAAAGCUUUUAUUCACAGCUGAGUCAUUUAAAGAAGCUUACUGUUAAGCUGUCACUGGUCAAUCAGGCUUUCUUUAGAUUUAUGUUUAGUUUAUCUGUAGAGGUCUGUGUUUCAAAUAUUAUGCAUUUUAUAUUUUAAUUUACAUGAAGGUAUAUUUCUAGAAUUUGAAAAAUGUUUGUGUGAAAAACAUUGUUAUGCAUUUCUUUCUGUACAUUUUAAAGUAUUCUUGUAAUUUCUAUUAUCAUCCCUGGCAGAAGAUCAAACUCAAAGUUACUAUGAAUGCCAAUGAUACCAGUUUAUUCCAUGUGAAUGUCUCAAUUGUGCAUCCUGAAUACUUUUUUAUCGCUGGACUUACGGGUGUACCACACAGCCACUAUUAUUAUAUUUUCUUAUUUUGCACUUACAUUAUUGCUGUAAUUGGGAACUGUACAGUUCUUCUCAUUAUAGCCUUUGACAGAAGUCUGCACAGCCCAAAGUACAUUGGUGUGUUUAAUUUGGCUUUGGCUGACUUUGGUGAAACUAAUGCUUUGAUUCCUAACAUGAUGAGAACGUUUGUUUUUGAGUCACAGUACAUCUCCUAUAAUGCUUGUUUGGCAAACAUGUUUUUUGUUUCCUUCUUUGGUACGAUGCAAUCUUUCACACUUGUUGUUCUGGCAUAUGAUCGGUUUGUUGCAAUUUGCCUUCCACUAAGAUAUCACACCAUUGUGACUAAUACUGUCAUGUCUUUAAUAUGUUCAGCAGUAUGGGCAUUUAAUGCAUUUCUGAUGGCCCUGACUGUGUAUUUUAUCAGCCGACUUUCAAUGUGUAAAUCUAAUGUAAUACAAAGUUUUUUUUGUGAUCAUGGACCAGUGUUUAGGUUGGCAUGUAAUGACAAUAGCAUAAAUUUUUUUAUAGCUAAACUUAACACAGGUUUAUACCUUAUAGCACCAUUGAUACUUAUCGUGCUAUCAUAUCUAGGCAUUUUUCUUGCCUUAACUAAAAUCACAACUUGGGAAGGACGUUUGAAAGCUUUGAAGACCUGUGUUUCUCACCUGCUGUUGGUGGCGUCAUUAUUUCUUCCCAUUAUUUGUAUUUAUCUUAUUGCAUUAACAUCUUAUCUCUCCUCCAAUGCAAGAAUCAUCAGCGCAACUCUGGCAUGCGCCACUCCGCCAAUGUUAAAUCCCAUUAUUUACGUUUUAAACACAGCUGAAAUAAAAAAUUUAAUUCGAAAAGUGUUUAAAAACAGGCCUGUGCCAAUUUAA